UCAACUUCACUCCUUGGUUCAUAAUAUUAGGUAUGUGAAAAUUACACCUAUCUUUGCUCUCUAUAUUAGUCUCUUCAAAUCCACAUUAUACAUUUAUAUUUCCAUCAAGUAAAAGUUCAAUUCUAUUGCGUUUGGUUUUGAAGAGUGGGAAUCCGAAUGUGAAAUAAAGUUGAUUCAUUUGUCUUAUGGUGUAACAAUCAUCCCAAAGAGUACUUUCGGCUACCGUCUUUGAGUAGGCUUAGUAAGACGAUAAUUGGGGAAUCUUAACGAGCAACUGGGAGAGAUAGGAUAGCAGACAGUAUUUUGAAGUAGGUGAAUUGAAAAUUUGAUCUAACCUCUUCAGACUUAUCGAUAUGUUUUUGUGUACUAAAACUGAAAGUUAGAGAAGUUAGCUUAAGGCUUCAUCUUCUCCAACCAAACCACACUGUCAAAUCCUUAGAAAGGAUUCAGGCUAGCCAACUUAGAAGGAAACUUUCUGCUAACUGAUAUGCUUGAGGAUAAAAAUGAAAACCUUAUCUUUGUUUGUUUACUCAUCUAAGUAUUCCAGACAUGUUAUGUUAACAUUUCUGUUCUUUUUAUUUAUUUAUGAAUCUGCCACAUUUUUAUAAUGGAUUGAGAGAAAGUUGAAUCUAUACUAAUCUGAUUUUGUUUCAUUGUUUAGCCAUUAAUUCUUUCAAUUUUUAACACAGCUCGGAAUCAAUCAGAAUGUGGAUUUUACGAACCGAAAUCGUGGCCACAUUGUUCACCACUGACACAUAGCAAUUUGGCAUGAUUCUUUGUGGGAGUUCCUAUUCAUGAUAAUGCAAAAGUAUGGACAUAGCCAUAAAAUCUGCAACCUUGCUUGAAAUCUGAACUGAGAAGAAGAAUUGAAUGAUAUUGCCUGAAAAACUUGCACACAAAAAAACAAAGCCCCUUUUGAUUCCAUAUUGGAUGAUCCCAACAAGCAUCUUCACUUUAGUAUAUUCUCUUUGGAACAAAAAAGGCAUCCAUUUCCAUGACCCAUGUAAGAUAGUAAGUGGCUUGGCACCAACCAACUGCCAUGAGGGGAAUUUUAUAAGCCCUUAGCCAAACUCACUAGAUAAGUACUUUGGAAGUUACUUAAUCUCAAUGAUCACAACUACCAAUUCAGCCUCUGCUUUAACUAAAACUUCCAAGUUUUUAUCUCUUGGACGACAGAUUCUCAAAAGGACAACUGAUGGCAUUUUUGUUGUUGUUGUUGUUGUGUGUACUUACUUUAUUAUCUAAAUGCAUUGUAGGCUCCAAACUUAUCCUUGGGAACAAUUGUCUACUCCAAGAGAUGCUCAGCUGAGGAACAAGGUAUGUUUUUGUUUUAUUAUGUGGAAUUAGUAUGGUAAUUUAUUGACUAUACUUUCUUAGUUAUUAUAUAAUGUAGAAAUGUCUUUGUAUAUACACAUUUAAUCUGUAUUAUAAAUCAUAUAACUUGUAUGAUAAUGUGGAAUGACUCAAAAAGGAUAUAGGAUAGACUACAAAAGUUUGGUCCUUUUUAUCCUCUCAAAAAGAAAAAGUGAGACAAAUUAUUGUGCAUUUGAUUUGAUUUAUUCUUUCUCCCCUGCUACCUACUUGCCCUAUGCCCUAUGCCCUAUGUUCUUCUUCAUCUAUAAAUACUUUCCUUUACAUGGUCUCUCUUGAGUAAUCAAGUUUAUAGCUCAAGAGAGGAUUGAAAGAUCAAGAACUCAUCCAUUUCAAUUCUUCUCUUUGUGGAAAGUCAUGGAGUUCAGGAAGUUGACAGUUGAUGCAGAUUUUGCUACAAGUCUUUUUAAUAGAAAGGAUGAGAAAUGUUUUAUCCCUCAUCUUCUUCACUUUAGCGACGUAUCGUGUUCGGAAGAUUCAACUAGUUCAAUUGGAUCGUUGUCAUCGUCGUCGUCGUCAAGCCUCUGUGACGACGAUGCAUUAUCGUCAUUUUCAUCUUCGUCUUCGUCGUCGUCGUCUUUGUUAUCUCAAAGAGAAGUUUGUGAGGAACAACAGCUGCUUUCUAUCAAAAAAGGGUUGUCAAAAUUUUAUGAAGGGAAAUCACGAACCUUCUCAUCCUUAUCCGACGUGAAAUGCGUAGAAGACUUAGCAAAGGGAGAUAAUGAUUAUAGAAAGAAAUACUCUCGAAUUACUCCCAAGGCUACCAUAUUAAAGAAGCAUGGAAGAGCCUCUCUUGCAACCUUAGCGUCUAAGAUGGACAUUUCACUUCGCCCCGAGUAAAGGGAAGCUCGAACUAGUGUCAAUUUUAACGGGCGGUUCUUACUUGAUACGGGAAAAUGAUGAAAUGUUUUUUUGUUUUUUU